UUAUAUUGAAAACUAAAUAAAUUUCGCACGUAAUAGACGAAAAUCGAUUUGUUCGUUGCAUAAUUUACUUCCUAAGUUACAUAUCGAACAGUAUUUAAAGCGAGGUUGAUUUGAAGAAUAUGGCGGAUCGUCUAACGCAAUUGCAAGAUACCAUAAAUCAACAAGCUGAACAUUUUUGUAACAGUGUAGGUAUUUUGCAACAAUAUUCUACACCCAGUAAAUUUCCUGGUUUCGAUCGUGUAGGGACGCCACAACCUCACCAACCUCAAGAAGAUUAUGCAGCUUUAUUUGCAACUCUAAUAGCAAGAUGUGCGAAAGAUAUCGACACCUUGAUAGAAAGUCUACCGAGCGAAGAAUCAUCGCAAGAAUUGCAGGUAGCAAGUCUCAGUCGUCUGGAGCAGGAAAAUCAAGAAGCUGGAGAACAACUAGAGGAAGUGGUAAAACAAGGAGAAGCACUUUUACAAAGAAUUCAAGCCGCUUUACAGGAUAUUGCUCAAAGUCAAUUGGACAUGCAAGACCCAGCGUCUAUGUCUGUGAUUAAUAUUAAUCUUAAUACUAAUGUAACGUUCAGACAAGAUAAUCCUACUUCUGUAAAUACUGUACUUUCAAACAACACUCAUCAACUCUCCGAUCGUUCACCAGAUUCCAUAAAUUGACACUUUACUUGUAAUUAUUUAAUUAUAUGAAAUGAUUGAACACAAAAUAAACUUUGCCAACCA